AUGGAUGACUUCCUCUCCAAGUCCUCGUCUCAGAGAUCAGAGAAGUGCCAGCGGGUGACCACACAACCGCAGGCCUUCAAGACCACUUCAGUACUCUGGAUGGCUUCUCACAAUGGCCAUCAGCGAGCGGGGCCGCUGUUGCUGUUAACGAUAGUUACGCUGCUUGGAACGGCCGCAGACGCCGUGGUGUUUCAGACGAUCAUGAUGAACGUGACCGUACUUCGUACAGACCUAAACAUGACGGCAUCAGCGGCGUGUGAGUGCAAGGCGAAGUGCUUCGUGCUGCCCAAGUGCAGCGCUGCAUCGUAUGACAUUACGACGUCGGUGUGCAGCAUGACGUACGACGCUCCUUGCAACGUCACGACAACAUUUGCUCCUGGCGUCAUCAGCCUCUUCAAGUUCGCUUAUAAAAGAGCGCGUCGUCCUCCCCAGACCACUUCAGUACUCAGGAUGGCUUCUCACAAUGGCCAUCAGCGAGCGGGGCCGCUGUUGCUGUUAACGAUAGUUACGCUGCUUGGAACGGCCGCAGACGCCGUGGUGUUUCAGACGAUCAUGAUGAACGUGACCGUACUUCGUCCAGACCUAAACAUGACGGCAUCAGCGGCGUGUGAGUGCAAGGCGAAGUGCUUCGUGCUGCCCAAGUGCAGCGCUGCGUCGUAUGACAUUGCGACGUCGGUGUGCAGCAUGACGUACGACGCUCCUUGCAACGUCACGACAACAUUUGCUCCUGGCGUCAUCAGCCUCUUCAAGUUCGUUAUUCGAGAAGCAAUUAUCACUAAAGGCACAACGAGCAACGGAUCUCCCGACAACCUGAAGAAGAUGUGCGGUGCAGAAGGCGGGGUUCCGCUCAUCAUCAACACCAAGCAACUGNUCUAUGAUGGAACACAAAUGAUUUAA